AUGCAUAAGCAGCCUCCAAAAUCACACAAUUCAUCAGCUUCUUCUUCCCUCUCAAUUCUCUCUCUCACAGUUACAACAUCACCACCAUGGAUCACCUCCUCCUUUCUGGUCUUCCCUGUUAAAAUAAGCAAGAAAGAAGCAUCAAAAGGCCACCGGAGUAGCCUCCUGCCACCACUGAAUCACCCUCCUGCCAGCAAUCACCCACCACCCAUUGCAACCUUCAAACACCCACUUCCACCACCCAAGAACUUCAUCCCUAAGCUAAAAAAGAACGAAGCCAACAGCACCGAACUAUCACCUCCGUCAACCUCUCGUCACUCACGGCCACCACCAGCACCGCCGGUUUCUGCUGCUGCUCCACUUCUGAAAUUGGAUUUAUCCCGGAAAUCACGACCUCUCGGCAACGCAUCUCGACAUUCAGAACUACUCUUUAACCACUCGAUAAGGAAAUCAGUGAAAUUUCGGGCACACUCAGACGAUGGAAAACAUGGCUCGCAAAUGGCUGGACUACCAGAUAACCCUGAUGACUGGUUUCGACUUGAGGAUCCUGAUGAGCCAUUUGGAGUUCCUUUGCAUCCACAUCCACUACACUUAGCGGGGGAUCCGUACUUUCCCCAUGACGGUCUUGAGGAGGAUCCCGAAGAGGAUCCUGAGGAGGAUCCCGAUGAGGAGGAGCUCGAGAAUGAGGGCAUAUUUCAGGAUGCCCAAGAGACUGAUGAUGAUGGUCCUGUAGAGGAUGAGGGAGACCUCUCCGAAGAGGAACCUACUCCCCUUACCCACCAGACUCACCACCGAGACCCUACUACCAGCCGUACCUUCUGCGCGGCAAGGGCCCUUGGGAAACGUAAUCGACCCAGUGAGCCAUCUUGGCUCACAGACCUCCUUAGCAGGAGGGAUGCUACUGAUCUACCACCACGGUUUGAGGUUGGUGAAUCUUCACGAGCACCACUCAGAUCCUUGGAGCAGUUUGUGAGAGGUCCAGGCUCUACUUCCCUCGACCAUCGAGUUGAGACACUCGAGGAAGAGGAGAAGGAGAAUUCUGAUGCGAUCCAGAUAUUAUAUCAUCUCUCGGGUGCUGAUCACGACGCAGUGAAUGCCUUGAGUGCUCAGGUUAGAGCACAGAACUACCGGAUUCAGAUCAUGGAGAGCGAGCUUGCUGCGCAGCGAAAUCAGUUGGUUAUCUCUGCGCAGGAACGACGAUACAUCUUGGACCAGUUCGAGGACUUUGUCCUCUAUGUGAUGACUCGAUUUGGGAGGUAG